AUGCCACGACCCACACGAGGAAAUAUAGGUCGACGAACGCGUCAUGUAAAUGCUACGGCAUUACAAAGGCGAUCACAGACUCCAGAUGAACGAGCACAAGCUAAUGCAUCGCAGCGUGAACGUAAUGCACGAAAUAGAUCUGUUGUACCUGAAAUUAUGCGUGCUGCUUUUAAUUACAACAGUCAGAUCAACUACAGUAUGUACGGAUAUAUUGGAAUAAUGGACGCAAUAUGUCCACAUUGUGAUGCGGCUAAAUUUCCAGGUGAAAUGCCCGGCAUGUGUUGUGCUAAUGGCAAAGUGAGAUUGCCACCAUUAAAAACUCCACCCGAACCAUUGUCUUCAUUAAUUUUUGGGGCUUCUGAAAAUUCGAAGCACAUUUUGAGUCAUAUUCAACAAUACAAUUCGGCAUUUCAAAUGACCUCUUUUGGUGCUACUAACAUUAUUAGAGAUAAUUUUAUGCCGACGUUUAAGAUUCAGGGCCAAAUUUAUCAUCAAGCUUGUUCGUUAUUGCCAUACCCCGAUGCUGAUUAUCAAUUUCUGCAAAUUUAUUUUAUUGGUGAUGAA